AAAACUGUAAAAACUCGCAGAUUUUCUUCUUCCCACAAUCACUAAACCGCAUAUGCUUUUUCUUGUCGCUAGCAUUCCCAAAUUUGUAACAAACCGAUAUCAUUCUCGUUGCUCUUCAAAUUAGGGUUCCGAUGCCUUAUAUCUCGUGACUGUCGAUUCGAAUGGAAUCUCUGCAACAAAGAGUAGAAUCAUGGAUCAGAGACCAAAGAUCGAAGCUGAUGAAGGUUACCUGGCCUCAACAAUGGCCGACUGCCAUGAAAUGGCCUUGGAUCAAAGGCAGAGAACAGAGGAAACGGAUGCACGAAGAGUUUCAGCGUCGGAAGAAGCAGCUUCAUAAUCUCUGUAUCGCUGUGAAAGCCGAUUCGUUGUCGGAUUUGCAGGAUGUUCUGUGCUGUAUGGUGCUUUCUGAGUGUGUUUAUAAGAGACCGGAUGCUGAAUUGCUUCAAGCUGUGAAUAAGUUUAAAGCUGACUUUGAUGGUCAAGUUGUGUGUCUGGAGCGAAUUCAGCCUUCCUCUGAUCAUGUUCCUCACAGGUAUCUGUUAGCUGAAACGGGAGACACGUUGUUUGCUUCGUUCAUUGGAACCAAGCAAUACAAGGAUAUGAUGGCUGAUGCGAAUAUACUUCAAGGUGCCAUAUUCCAUGAUGACGUUGUUGAAGAUACCGAUGAAGUAUUCACAAAGAAUUCCCUUGGAGCUGAUGGCCAAAAGAAAGGUUCUGAUGAUGUUCCGAGAACACUUGGAGCAAAGCCACAACAAGGAGUAGCUUCAACUAAACCUGCCGCUCAUCGGGGCUUCAUGUCUCGUGCUAAAGGGAUACCUGCUUUGGAGUUAUACAAGCUGGCUCAGAAGAAAAAAAGAAAACUUGUUCUAUGUGGACAUUCGCUCGGUGGAGCAGUUGCUGUUUUAUCGACCCUUGCAAUCUUGAGGGUGAUUGCAUCUGCUUCUUCAUCGAAAGAACAAGAAAGAAUUCCUGUGAAAUGCAUCACAUUUUCCCAGCCUCCUGUUGGAAAUGCCGCCUUAAGAGAUUAUGUUAAUGAAAAAGGAUGGCAGCAAUACUUCAAGACUUACUGCAUUCCGGAAGACCUUGUACCCCGUAUAUUAUCCCCUGCAUACUUUCAUCACUACAAUGCACAUCAAGUUGACUCUAAGAAGUCAACUUUAUCAAUGUCAAAAAAAGACACAAUAUCAGAGAAACAAAAGGCGAAAAAGGAGAAUGAAAAUGAACAGUUGGUUUUGGGUUUAGGACCUGUAAAUAAUUCCUUUUGGAGACUUUCCAAGCUUGUUCCCUUAGAUGCUGUUAGAAGACAACUUAAUAAAUACACCGGCAAUAAAUUCGAUUCUUCUGUAAAUUCUGCUGCUGAUUCAAACAUAACGUCUUCAAUUGAAGAUGUAGAAGAUGCUCCACAGUCUCUUGAGAUUGAAGAAGAUUCUGAUGGCAUUUCUUUAAAACCGUUUCCCAUCACAGAUAAAGGGGAUUUAAGUGAAACAAUAAAUGGAAAUUCAUCUGGAAAAAGUAAAUCAAACGAAAAACGUAAGGCAUGGCAUAGAGUGCCCACAUUACCUUCAUAUGUCCCAUUUGGACAGCUUUAUCUUUUGGGGAAUUCAUCUGUGGAGUCUCUGUCUGGUGCGGAGUACUCAAAGCUGACAUCGGUUAGGUCUGUGAUUGCUGAAUUAAGGGAACGACUUCAAUCUCAUUCCAUGAGAUCAUAUAGGUCCAGAUUCCAAAGGAUUUUCAAUGAUUGCAUGAGAGAUAACUCUUCAUCUUUUUUGGUAAUGGAUCAACAACAACAAUUCCCACAGUUACAAAAAUGGCUCGGUAUUUCACUUGCUAAUACAGUUGAGCUUGGACACAUUGUGGAAUCUCCUGUAAUAUGCACCGCUACAUCUAUUGUUCCUCUUGGAUGGAAUGGUGUUCCUGGUGAAAAGAAUAUCGAACCUAUUAAAGUAGAUAUUACCGGAAUCGGUUUGCAUUUAUGCACCCUAAUUCAAGCCCGAGUUAACGGUAACUGGUGCUCAACAACUGUUGAAAGUUUCCCUUCAGCGCCCACCAAUCAUUCAGACCAGGGUGUAAAGUCGGACAUGCAAAAGAUUCGUGUUUUAGUCGGGAGACCUCUAAAGCAACCAAAGCAUCAAAUUACUACAGAUUCGUUAAUUCCUGCAUUUCCUUCAAUGGAUAUAAACUCGGUUGAUCAAAGUAUAUCACAGAAUCUACAAGCGUUCAAUUUGGGGAAAUUUAUGUGUCCUGACGGUUUAAGCGACUUUGUUGUUUUUUGUACAACUGAUUUCUCCACCAUCUCGAAAGAAGUUCAAGUUCGAACCCGUAGGGUGCGAUUGGUUGGCCUUGAGGGUGCUGGUAAAACUUCUCUUUUGAAGGCGAUAUUAGAUCAAGGGAAGGUAAACAUUUCAACCAACAUUGAAAAUUUUUCUAUGGAUCUCGAUGUUCAAGAAGGCAUUGCAGGUGGUGUAUGCUUUACAGACUCAGCAGGCGUAAAUUUACAGGAUCUGAAUAAAGAAGCCACUCGUUUUAAAAACGAAUUAUGGAUGGGGGUUCGUGAUCUGAGUACAAAAACCGAUUUAAUUGUGCUAGUGCACAAUCUAUCACACAAAAUACCAUGGUACACACCCUCAAAUGCAUCAACACGCCAACCGGCGCUCUCGUUUUUAUUAGAUGAAGCUAAAGCACUUGGAAUCCCUUGGGUGCUUGCUAUAACAAACAAGUUUUCGGUGAGUGCUCAUCAGCAAAAGCAAGCAGUAGAAGCUGUUCUUCAAGCAUAUCGAGCAGUUCCUAGUACUACUGAAGUUGUUAAUUCAUGCCCGUAUGUGAUGCCCACCGCAGCAGGGAAUCUUACGGAUUCCGAUGAGUGGGUGGGUCCCCAUAAGUUGAUCGCGGGUCCUGUUAACAUGGUUAGACGCUCCCUUCAGAAGAGAAGUACCACCCUUCCUGUUGAGGGUGUCGGUUCUCUUUGUCAGCUUGUCCACCGUGUCAUUCGCAACCACGAGGAAGCUGCUUUGCAGGAAUUUGCGAAGGAGAGACUUAUGGUGGAAUUAGCAAAAGAGAGAGAUUCGGCAGUUGAUGCAAAUCAAGAUGCAAUGGCUAAGGCAAACUCAUUAUCGGCUGCAGCAGUGGGUGCUUCUGUUGGGGCGGGUGUUGGUAUUGUUAUGGCUAUUGUUAUGGGUGCAGCUUCUGCAUUGAGGAAACCAUGAGAUAUAUAAUAUGCCUUUUAAUUAUAUGUCUAAAGUAAUAUAUAUAUCUAUAUGCUCUUGGUUAGAUUUUCUGGAUUUUGUCGGCGGAUGUGAAUUUAUAGAUUGUAUCUAUGUGGGUAUUAGAAUGAAAAGGUACUUGGGGGAAAUGCCAAUUGUUUAUUUGUUUUCUUAGA